GGAAUAAUAAUAUAUUAAAUUAAAAUGAGUACUAAUAUGAAACAGGAAGAUCUGAGUGAAUUUGAACGAUUCAAACUGACCACUUCCGGUGACCUUGAAGCGUUUAAAGGACAUCUACGAGAGUUAGGGAACCAUUUGAGGAUUCAAAUACGAAUGUUUAAACAAAGGUUUGAACAUGAAAACAUAGCGUUUGAUAGAAUAGACGAGGGAUCUAAGAUGAUUAACAAAGUUGAAGAAAAACUUGGAAAUUAUCUCUCUAUGAUCAAGAAAAAUGAAAGAAUUGAUGAAAGAUACACGAGGAUAAGACAUGUGAAGAAAAAAUAUGAAGAUAAAUUAUCGGAAGCUACAACAGCCUGGCUCCAAAAAUACAACCCUCAUGUCGUUGAAAUCACGAGCUACAACCGUGCAAAACAUAUAGCUGAAUCUCUCGUCGGCGUGUUUGAGAAUCAAUGGCAAGAGAUGUAUUUAUCUUCAAGAAAUAAACUUAUCCGAAAAUAUACUGACAGAGAAAUAGUAGAAAAGCUUCGAGAUAUACUUAAGUAUUGUUAUGAUAACUGUCGGGAAUUUUACUGGAAACAAGGCAUUGCUUUACUUCAACUUCUUACCAUGUCUUCACAAUACAACAUAGACACGUGUCAACCUGUCAUCCGACUAAGAAUCAAAGAACUCCUGAAAAGGGGAGCAGCGUAUACUUUACCAUAUAUUCAGAAGGUCAUUAGACAAGAUGUUGUUUCGCUGUUAGAAAUGAAUAUCGUAGUCAGAGCUCAUCAACGCACCCAGAGACCACCAAUCAGAUCUUUCCUUGAUAUGUGUACGGAAAUCACGUGGUUAAUGCAGUUUCAAGAUCCACCAAUCGCAUUGGAUUUUACAGAUGAAAAUAGUUCAAUGAAGUUCAAACCUUACGUAACUUCCGGUCCAGAAUUUGUUUAUGUCGUCUGGCCUGCAGUUUUAUUACACGAGAACGGACUGCUAGUUUCAAAGGGAGUGGCAGAAUUUUUCAGCCCCGGAUAUGAACCAAGGUCAGCUGGGUCAGAGUAUAACUUCACCUGAUUUUGUUGGUUGGCAAUGGCCAGGAUUGGUCAGUCGUCAAUAAAAUACAAUGAUGUUUCAGUACUAUCUCUAUCAGCUUAGAUAAAUAGGAAAAGGUAAAGAUUCAUGGAAUCACAACUAUUCCACAAAGUAAAUUCUAAAAGAAAAUUUAUAUUUAGAUCUAAUGCCAAGAUUGAAGUUUUCAAAUCCGUUAAAUGUAUAAUAUGUCUAAAGAUCACAUGUGGUGUUUUUGUCUUGAUGUGUUUUUUAAUCUAUUAAUAAAAUCUUAAUGUCAGGCAA